AUGCCUGAGCCGGCCAAGUCAGCCCCUGAGCCCAAGACGCGCUCCAAGAGAAAAAAGGGUGACAAGAAGCGUAGAAAGACUAGGAAGGAGAGCUACUCGAUCUACGUGUACAAGGUGCUGAAGCAGGUGCACCCCGACACGGGCAUCUCGUCCAAGGCCAUGGGCAUCAUGAACUCCUUCGUCAACGACAUCUUCGAGCGCAUCGCCGGCGAGGCCUCGCGCCUGGCGCACUACAACAAGCGCUCCACCAUCACCUCGCGGGAGAUCCAGACGGCCGUGCGGCUCCUGCUGCCUGGCGAGCUGGCCAAGCACGCCGUCUCCGAGGGCACCAAGGCUGUCACCAAGUACACUAGCUCCAAGUAGAGCGUCUCGGAUUGUCUAUUGUAACCCAAAGGCUCUUUUAAGAGCCACCCACCUCUUCAGUAAAAGGGCUUUAAU